AUGAGUGCCACGAGGUCGACAGCCUUUGUCUCUGUUUUGCUGAUAAUUUAUGGAUCCGAGAAGACCGACGGCAUGCUUGCGCCAGCUGGUGGCCACCACCCAGCUUGUUUGACGUUUGACAGUUUCGGUCUGGCGCUAGCAAAUCGCCUUAUUCCUAAUCGAUGGCGACCAUUUCGUGUCACCCAUUUGCAACCUCUCGUCCGCAUCUCCAAGCGCUCGAACAACAUCAGCAACGUGCAGCUCUGGAACGCACCUUCUGCGACCCAAAAACGAGAUUAUCAAUUUGAUCCUAAAACCAACAGCAAGCUUUUAUCCGCUGAUUUCGACCCAACUGGGCAAUUAGCUCGACCGAGCAGCUGGGCCGCUUUUGAUGCCAAGGCGAAACUUCCAAUCCACAGGCUCGACAAGCUCAGCCUCCACGACGUGUCAACUUGCGCCGGCGACAUCACAGCCUCUCAAUCGGUAAUCAUACGCGCUUUUAAUGCAAAGAGAAGCGUCUCGAGCUUAACUGAAGAAAUGGCACCAAAUAUGGCUGAGGCAGGUGUGGCUGGUGAGAAAGAUGGUGCGGCUGAAAUAUCAAGAGAUUUUCAUCACCCGUACACGCCUUAUGAUAUCCAGGAGACUUUUAUGAAUACUGUUUAUGAGGUUUUGGAAGGUGGUAAAGUUGGUAUUCUGGAGAGUCCUACUGGCACUGGCAAAUCUCUGAGUCUUAUUUGCGGCUCUCUUACUUGGCUACGUGACUAUAAGCGAAAUACAUUUGAAGGAGGAUUGAACUGGGGUCAAAAUGACUCCAAUGAACCGGAAUGGGUUAUCGAGCAGACAAAGGCCAGAAAACGUCGCGAGAUGCUACGUGGAAGGGAAGAGAUGGAGACUAGAUUGGCCAAAAUCAGAGCCAAGGAGAAAGCACAAAAGACCAAAUAUUUGAAAGGAGAUCAAGAAUUCAAGAGGAGGAAGACCGAAAGGGUUGACGACCAGGAUGAUGAAGAGCAGUUCGUUCUCGAUGACUACGAUAGCGACACCGAGGUCAGCCAAAACAGGAGUGGCUUCUACUCUGCAGCUACUUUAGAGUUGAUGGAAAAGAUGGGUAUGGGUCCUUCAGCGUUGAAGCCGCUGGAGGAAGAAGCCGAGGAUGAAAUUAAGAUCUUUUACUGCUCGAGAACUCAUUCUCAGCUUACACAGUUCAUCAAUGAGCUUCGUCGUAUAAAAUUACCUGGAGCUAUACCGAAUUCAGAUGAUGAGGUACAAGUUGAGGACAUCAAACAUCUAACUCUGGGUUCACGAAAGAAUUUGUGUAUCAAUCCAAAAGUCAAUAAACUCAACUCUAUUACGGCUAUCAAUGAAAGGUGUGCGGAACUUCAGAAAUCAGGUACAGCUCAGGAGCAUAAAUGUAAAUUUCUGCCGAAUAGAGACAAUCAACCUCUUGUAAAUGAUUUUCGGGAUCAUGCUUUAGCGACCCUGCGGGACAUUGAAGACAUGGGGGCUCUUGGCAAACAACUUGAGAUAUGUCCAUAUUAUGCCUCGAGAGCUGCAAUUCGCCCAGCAGAAGUUGUGACUCUUCCAUACCCAUUAAUACUUCAAAAGAGCGCAAGAGAAGCUCUAGGUAUCAAUUUGAAAGGUCACGUGGUUAUCAUAGAUGAAGCCCAUAAUUUGAUGGACGCUAUAGCUAGCAUUCAUGGGGCCGAAGUCACCUUGAAGCAAUUAGAAACCGCUAGGGCACAGUUGGGGGUGUAUGUUCAGAAAUUCAAAAGCAGGUUAAAGGGCAAAAAUCGAAUGUAUCUUGCUCAAGUCAUCAGAGUGAUUGACUCGUUGUCGGGAUACUUGGAAAGCAGAAUCCCUCUUCAGCAAAAUGAUGGUAUUGUAUCAGACAAAGAUCUCUUAUCUGGCAAAGGCGUCGACCAGAUCAAUCUUUUUAAACUACUCACCUAUCUUCAAGAAUCCAAACUCGCCAGAAAAGUAGAAGGCUACAUAGUUCACACCAACAAGUCCGAACCUCAAAUCAAGAGCAAAUCCUCUCAAACGAACGACACACCAACCACGCCCGUCCUUCAUCAAAUCGCGUCUCUUCUCUCCGCCCUAACCCAUCCAUCAAAAGAAGGCCGUCUCUUCUUCACCAAACUCCCCGAACCAACCAUAAAAUUCAUGCUCCUCGACCCAUCCUCUCAUUUCCGCGAAAUCGUCGACUCAGCCCGAGCUGUAAUCCUAGCUGGGGGCACCAUGUCCCCUUUCGCAGACUACACGACCCAUCUCUUCCCCUACAUCCCGCAAACCUCAAUAGUCACCCUCUCCUGCGGCCACGUAAUCCCCAAAUCCAACCUCCUAGCAUGGAACCUUUCCCGCGGCCCAACCGGCCAAGAGUUCAACUUCACCUACAAACACCGCUCCAACACCGAAAUGGUAGUCGAGCUCGCCCGCGCCGUCCUCAACAUCUGCACCGUCGUCCCAGACGGCAUCGUUGUCUUCUUCCCAUCCUACGCUUACCUCUCUUCCAUCGUCGCAAUUUGGUCCCAACUUACCAGCACCCCAACACUCUUCGACCGUCUUGGAGCCAAGAAACCAAUCUUCUCAGAAUCCAAGACCGAGUCCGCAGAACAAGUCCUCGCGCAAUACGCUCACGCAAUCGAUACCGGGAAAGGCGGCCUCCUACUCAGCGUCAUCGGCGGCAAGAUGUCCGAGGGGAUCAAUUUCUCGGAUAGACUCGGUCGCUGCGUCGUUAUUGUCGGUCUACCGUUCCCUAACAUCAAUUCCGCGGAUUGGAAAGCUAAACUCGAAUACAUCGAGUCCGCGACUACCGAACGCCUCACUGCCCCUCUAACCUCUUCCUCCACUCUCACCCCAUCUUCCCCCACACCCCUCACCCCAGCUCAAAUCCAGCAACAAGCCAAAACCGCCUCCCUCUCCUUCUACGAAAACGCCUGCAUGCGCGCCGUCAAUCAGAGUAUCGGCCGCGCCAUCAGACAUAAAGGGGAUUACGCGGCUAUCAUCAUGGUUGAUUCAAGGUAUGAGGGGGAGAGGAUUCGUGGGAAGUUGCCGGGCUGGAUUAGAGAGGGAUUGGUUGAGGGGAGUGGGGGAAAGAAGUUUGGGGGGGUUGAGUGGGGGGGGUUGGGGGGGUUUUUUGGGGUGAGGAGGGGGAAGUAG